GACGCAAACAGGCUCAUGCGUUGGAUUCAGUCGGCGAAAGCGGUGUGAUCAGAAAGCAAUCUGAAUCGGUUUAAUUAGCGACACGUCCAGGUGGGAUGUGUAUGUGGGUUACUGUCCAUGAAAUGAGAAUAACUGCAAGUAACUUGUAAAUAGGCUGGGUGUUUUAACCUUUUUUAUUUUAUUUUUUUUAAAUACGGAACUGAUCCGCCCCUUUCAACUUCGUAAACAUUCAGUUAGCAAGAACGUUACUGGUUAGCUUAAAAUAAAUCGUUAUUCUUAUCUAACUAAAUUUACAUGCGCUUACAAAUAAGUCAGGACAUGAUUUUGGAUUUUAUGUACCAGGCUUGGGAGUCUGUAAUUUGGAUUUAAAUGGAAAAACUCUUCGCUUUAAAGCCAUGCUAGCUGUCUGAGUUGGACUGAAAUGGACUCGGAGUCGAAUCCCACAGUUGUUCUCACUUCUGUUAAGGCGGAAAUCAAGUGUCUGGUGCUCUGAGGUGGGAGUCUGUCGAUACAGAGCUCGCAAUGAAAGCUCUCGGCGCGAGCUCAGCGUUCUACCUGGGCUUUCUGGUGGGCACGUGCAGUCUGUACCUGUUCCUGCGUCAGUUUGGGUUCGCGCGGAACUUCGCAUCUCGUGAGCCCGAAGCCUCCAGGAAAAGCCUGCAGGAGAUGCUGGAAGAGGAAAGCAAGAACUGGAAGAAGGAGAGAUCGGCUCUUUUCAACCUCAACCACCCGCACCAUACAGGUGAGGAUGGAACAGUAGCUGAUGCUCUCUAUAAGCGGGUACGCAUUUUAUGUUGGGUUAUGACUGGUCCUAAAAACCUUGAGAAGAAAGCUCGGCAUGUGAAAGCCACAUGGAGUCGGCACUGCAAUAUCGUGGUCUUCAUAAGCUCUGAAGACAACCCAGAUUUUCCCACGGUUGGCCUGAACACCAAGGAGGGUCGGGAUCAGUUGUACUGGAAAACCAUCCAUGCAUUCCACUAUGUAAUGGAGAAACACGGGGAUGAGGCAGACUGGUUCCUCAAAGCAGAUGAUGACACUUAUGUGAUUAUAGACAACCUGCGAUGGAUUCUGGCCAGUCACUCACCAGAUGACCCAGUGUAUUUUGGACGGCGGUUUAAGCCCUACGUGAAACAGGGAUACAUGAGUGGCGGUGCUGGCUAUGUGCUCAGCAAAGAGGCUCUGAAGAGGUUUGUGGAAGGAUUUCGCACCAAAGUGUGCACACAUACUUCCUCGGUGGAGGACCUAGCCUUGGGUCAGUGUAUGGAGAAGAUGGGCGUUUUGGCAGGAGAUUCCAGAGACACCAUACAAAGAGAGACGUUCCAUCCUUUCGUACCUGAGUCCCAUCUCGCUGGCACAUUUCCGAAGACCUUCUGGUACUGGAACUACUGUUAUUACCCCAUUGUGCAGGGGCCCCAGUGUUGUUCAGAUUUGGCUGUUUCUUUCCACUAUGUGGACGCAUCACACAUGUACCUGCUGGAAUACUACACUUACCACUUACGUGCCUUUGGCUACAAAUACCGCUAUCAGCCCCCUGAACCCAGUGUCAUACAAGACUUUAAUCCCCCAGACAAAGUGGAGAUUGGAGAGUCAGAGCAAGAGCAGGGGCUAGAAGCAUAGAAAAGGGAAGACAAAGCCCCUGAACCUGAGGAAAAGUUAUAGCAGCUUUUUGUUUAUGACUUUUUUUUUUUUAAAUAACUGAUCAUUUGAAAUCUUCUUCCUAAAGAACUGUUUUUUGGGAUGACUGCCUGUGAUUUGCAUUUUUACUUUGGCUCGAAAGACCUUUAUUGUGCCACAGAAAUGUGUGCGUGUAUGUGUGGUUUAAUUAACUAGUAGUCUAUUACUGUGUGGAAGGGUGUUCCUCUUAAUGCAUUUGUAUGUGAAUGUCUCUAGAUAUUUGUAUGACAAUACAGAAUUGUAUUAAAUGAAGGUUGACAGAGCCUGCCUUAAUGGUAUAAUAACAUGGGGUAUUUUUUUUUCUUCCCGCCAAUUAGGUAUAGAUGCAGGCCGGAGACCUCCAAAAGGGGGUGGAAUCUCCAAAAGAGGGCGGAGUUACUCCAAAAAGGGAUUGCUUCAACUCCAAAACAGUGUCACUUCCACCCACGUUUAAGGGGCUCCCUAUUUCUUAAAUGGCGGUUUGGAGUUCCCGCCCCCUUUUGGAGCAAUGCCUGCAGGUAUACCCUUCUCUUUCUUUGGGCCACAAGCAAGACUUCCACCCCAUGAUUGCCUCUUUAUCCAUUAUGCCUGCUAUCAGAUUGCAAUUUGGGGGGCGUUUUAAAUUUUUUGGGGGGGAAUUGUUUACUCUGCACAGUGUUGAGGUCAUGGUACUGUGUAAUCAUAAGCACGGUGCCAUGUAUGAUGUAAUAGCUGUGUCCUAUUCUGUUGCCAAAAAAAAGGCCUUGAUUUCUUUUCAUUUGCCUUUUCCCCACUGAAUUAGUGCCUCUGCUCUGAUCCAGAGAAACCAUGACUUUCUUUAUGUCCCCAGACCACUUUUCCAUUCAGUGUAUGCAGUAAUCUUCUAAGCAAAUGUUUAAAUAAUAAUUCAGAGUGUCUGUAGAGCUCGUAUUAUCUCUCAAAUUAUAGCUUUCAGUUAAAUUCAGUAAACACACUUAAGCUCCAGCAGUGUUUCACAACACCCACAACAACAUUUGCCAAAUGCAAGGUGUAGAACUUACUUUAAUCAAGUUAUAUUGAUGUUGUCCCACCUAAACAAGAAGUAGUCCGUCAGCACCAGUAAGCCAUUCUACCCUGCUCUGAAAGUCAAGAAAGCUGCAUGAAUGCAAAUUAGCUCUACUUGAAUAUCCUGUUGGCUGGCCCAAUAGUUGUUCAUGAGCUCUUGGGAAAGAGGUUUAAAGUAAGGUAGAUAAGAUGGCUAAAGUAUGUGCUGUUGUUUUUCUCAACCCUGAUGGGAAUUGUGGUCUUGUAAAUGAGCACCAUUUUACAGACUGUGAAGCCUGCAGGAUGUGAGCUAUUGGAUUCUACAGACCACACGACACUUAAACUAGAAUAAGACUGUGAAGCUUUUCAUUUAGGGUAGAAUUUCAGGGUUGCCCCAGUUCACUCUUGCGCACUGACUUUAAUUCACACCUUUAGCACAGUAACUCCUGCAACACUCUAUGUGUGCCAUAACAUUGUGGUUUAGUGUGUGAAUUGUCUCUCAUUUCUCAAAUGUUUGCAUCUGUGUAAAUGUGCAGGUUUUAAUGCUAUCAGACCAUUUCUUAAGUGUAUUCACCCUCUAUCCCAAUAUAGUUUGGAAACUUCUUUCAUUGCUAAUAAUGUUAAAUGUAUUUUCUCGUCUUCCUUUUAAACCACAACUUUUUAAUUUUAGAUAAAGUUUGAUAUUUAAACCCCUUUAAACCUUCAGCAGAGGCAGCAAAACAGGCUGUGCUCUUACUCUUUCCAGAAGAUGUGGUUCAGGUGUUCAUCAGAGAAUGCUACAUCUUUACCUACACUUGAUUAGCCAAUGUUUUGUUUGUUAUUAGUUCUUGACAUAAAUACUUGGCACAUUUAUGAAGGAAUUCAAAUAAAAGUUGAAUUUACAUGUGAAUGAAUCUUAUUUGAACUGAAAAUAAAGAAGUUUGAUUUGAAUCCGAACCACUGUUGCCCUGUGACCACUCCAAGCACAAUUUUGUAGCAGUUUUUGAACAGAAUGAGGUUUAAGAGACAGGACAGCAUCUCCUAAGAUCAAGCAACAUGUAGUAUAUUCUUGGUGAAAUGAUCCUUAUUUUAGUACCUAAACGAAUUCUUUGUACAUCUUAAAAAUUGUAAGGGAGUGAAAAUGUGUUGGAAAAAUUAUUGCUUUUCUUAUUUAAAAGUCUUCAAUAAUGUAUGAAUGGUGGGAAUUACACUGUUCACUGCAUAGUUUCAGUGCUAAGCCUCACAAAGUACUUCUGUUUUAUUGUGGAAAAGAGCACUCUAAUGUACUGCUGAAGCAAGGAGGAAAAAUACUUCACAAUUCAAAUACAGCAUACAUGUUUUCUCUGAAGUCGGUUCAUUAUUUUAAAGAGCAGUUACCAAGACAUGUUUGAAUGUGUUCAUACCUCCCGAGUAUGUUGAUCUUUCUCAGAAAUCCCUUUGGUUUGUCAUUUGUAAACAUUCUCUACUUUUCAAGUUUACAUAUGCUCAUUUCUUUUGCAAUGCAUUAGAUGUCAAACAGUGAACAUGCUUAUGAAGAGUACAGUAAUUUGAGGAAAUAGUAUUGUUUAAACAACAGGAUCAGGACUGCUGAUGCCUCUUAGGUAAUAUGAGUUACAUUUGCAUGUCUUAUAAUUCUGAUUCAUUGGAAUAUUUACAUUGGACAUUUUCUUACUUGAGGCAAAAAGAUUCAUGUGACAAUUCAUGUUUUCUGCGAAAAACAUUUAAUUUAAAUAAUGAGUUGUGUGUGUUUGCAAGUAUGCUCCAAUGCCCUGUUCUCAUUAAUGGCCUUUCCAUUGCUUCUGCACUUUGGGUGUUACAUGAAGAGAGAGCCCGACAUUUCUGAAAUGAAGCAGACCUGUUGCUAAUGAGAACAUCAAAACCAGCUGGAUGAUGCAAAUGUGUCCAAUCCUGUUAAAGUGAAUCUGCAUUUCUGAUUUCAUGCCAUUGUCUUUAAUCCAAAGGUACUUGUUUUCUUCUCUGUUUUUCAGUAGUGUCUUAUAUGUACAAAGGGAAUCUUGUACAGUACUGCCACAGCAAGCUUUUAUUUAUAAAAGAGUGUGUGAGGCAAAUGUAUGACAAGAACAAAUCAAUUCAAUGAGGAUGAUAACCAGCAUAUUAAAUAAAGACUUCUUUUACAAUGAA